AUGGCAGAUGCUCAUGUAAUACUCUUACAAACAGACCACCAACUUCCUACCAACACCCCUCUUCUUGAUGACGAAGAUAAUAAUAGUGAAUCAACUCCUAAUCACACCCAUAAUCACAGUCCACAACAACAACGCAACCAAGAGAUUUAUAUUCCAAACCAAGACAUUAAAUAUGUUGAUCAAGCACUAAAAAAGCUAGAAGCAUAUCUAUCAUUUCUGGGUUUCAAUCAGUCUUCCCUAACAAGUUUCCUACUUUCAUGGGCUGCUUUUCUACUGAUUGGUGUCUUGCUUCCAGUGGCAAUACUGGAGCUGUCCCAAUGUUCAGGGUGCGAAAAGUACCAGAUUAAGGAUUUCGAACUGGAUAUUGUGGCAUCUCAGGCCUGUCUUGCCGCUGUUUCUUUGAUUUGCUUAUCACAUAAUUUACGCAAGUACGGUAUUAGAAAGUUUCUCUUUGUUGAUCGUUUUGGUGGCCAUAUGUCUCGCUUUACCCUUCUCUAUAUUCAACAGAUUAAGGAUUCCUUACGCUUGCUGAUCUAUUGGUCGCUUCCAUGCUUCAUUCUGAAAGUUGUGCGUGAAGUUAUCCGUGUCUUUUAUGUACGUCAUGAAUCAUGGUUGAUGUCUACUGCUGUUUUAAUCAGUCUGAUUAUUUCCUGGAGUUACGUGAGUGGAAUAUCUUUAUCAGCCAGCAUUUUGUUUCAUCUAAUCUGCAACUUGCAAGUAAUUCACUUUGACGACUAUGCAAAGCUUUUGGAAAGGGAUCAUGAUGUUUUGGUUUUUAUAGAGGAGCACACUCUUCUGCGCUAUCAUCUCUCUAAGAUAAGUCAUAGGUUCCGAAUCUUUCUCAUUCUACAGUUCUGUGUUGUUACAGCUAGUCAGUUUGUGACUCUAUUCCUAAUCACAGGUUAUAGUGGAAUUAUUACUGCUAUAAAUGGCGGUGAUUUUGCAGUUUCCUCAAUUGUCCAGGUUGUUGGCAUAAUUCUUUGCUUGCAUGCUGCUACAAAGAUAUCCCAUAGAGCUUUGGGUAUUGCAUCGAUAGCAAGUAGAUGGCAUGCAUUAGCAACAUGUAGUCAUAAUGAUACAUCUCAAAUUAGAGUUUCAAACAGUAUGGGGAACUUAGAAGCGCUGUAUCCACAUAACUCAUUACAGAUAAAUUACUCUGAAAGCGAUGUGGAGUCAUUUGAUUAUAUUGCAACGCCUACAAAUGUGCAGUUGGCAUCCUACAUGACCUCGUAUCACAAAAGGCAAGCCUUUGUGCUGUAUUUGCAGAACAAUCCUGGGGGAAUAACUAUUUUUGGCUGGAUUGUUGAUCGAGGACUUAUCAACACAAUCUUCUGCAUUGAACUCACUCUAGUUACUUUUCUUCUUGACUUCCCAAUUUCCACUUCUGGCGUUGGAUUGGUAUCCACAACUAUUGAAGUGACGAAUCAGAUGAUAACCAAGGAUGGCUGCAUGUCGUAG